AUAAACCUACUUCUCACGUUAUUAUAUCCACAGACUGGAGUGAGUUAUUUCUUUAAUAUCUUCCACACUGAGCGUAAUCCAGUUUAUAUAAACCUACUUCUCACGUUAUUAUAUCCACAGACUGGAGUGAGUUAUUUCUUUGAUCUCUUUCACACUGAGCGUAAUCCAUGUUCCUCAGAGUUCUACCUGGAGCUUCAAGGGGUAACCUUCCUCUCCAUUGAAGCUGAGAACCCACCGGUAGACUACUCAGUAACGAUCAAUGAAGAUCUACAUCUCAACGCUGUCAUUGAAUCCAUAUGGGUUGCUGAUGUAUUCUCCUCUGGACCCAACUUUCAAGUCACUAUUACAAAAGGGAACGAGGCCAGACAUUUCACACUGAAAAACAACACAGCAGAAAAUAUUGCAGAUGGUGCUGAGCCCCCGACUGAAUCACCACCAGAUACCUAUUAUGCUAAUGGUACAGCCUUCAUUAUAUGCGACACUGUACCACAAAUCGUACCUGAACUGAAUGUGAGUGAGACGGAAACAUUUGAUGUCCAUUCUGAUAAAGCACUAAUUACCUUGGCAACGGAACUGGACUUUGAAGCCGGUUCAUCAUCAUAUCUUCUUAUAAUCAGCGUGAUUGACGUCAAUGCAAAUCCACAGUAUGAAGGAAGUGUUACAGUGCAGAUAACCGUUCUAGAUGUGAAUGACAAUUGCCCUGUUGUAGCAAAUAACAGUCUGGCGUUUUUCCCGAUACCGGUACUGCAGCAAGAAUCCUUGACUAACGUUCUAGCGACGGAUGCUGAUAGUGGAGCCAAUCAGGAUAUAACUUAUCACACAUCAGAUAUAACACAGAUCCCGAUUGAGAACGACACUUUCUCUAUUUUGGAGUUAACAAUAGCAGCCAUUGAUGGCGGUAUCCCAACCCGAGGAACUAUUGUUAACAUCACAGUGACUCUCAGUAAUACCUGUCUGUAUGACGCAAUCUAUGAACCAAUUGAUAUCUACUUUGAUUCAGCGAAUAAUGGUUUCUUUCUACGAGUCCCUAAAUAUUAUGUUAUUGUGUUUGAUUGUAAAGAUGAUCUUGGUUUACGGAGCGGAGUAAUUCAAGACUCUAUGGUGUCUGCUUCAUCCCAUUACAAUGAACCUCACACAGCGAAUCGAGCGAGACUUUUCGCAAAUGCUAGCUCAGAUGGAAAAAUAGGCUCAGGUUGGAUUGCCGGUGCUUCAGACACCAAUCAAUGGCUUCAAAUUGAUAUGGGAAUUGUUAGCAUCUUCUCUGGAGUGAAGACUCAAGGAGUCGGAGACGUUGAAGCUUGGAUUGAAACUUACUACGUAGAAUACUCCAAUGACUCUACUACAUGGAUUAGAAUUCAAGAUGCUGAUGGUAAUGAUGAGUUAUUUACAGGCAAUGUAGAUCAGGAUUCCGUCUCUUUCGGUUACUUUGACGAGGUCUACGCCCGAUAUAUUCGUUUUCUACCUCAAAGUUGGCACAGUUUGAUCGGAUUACGGGCUGAGAUCGUUGGCUGCUCCACUGAUAAACGAUUCAGAUAUCUAACACAAUGUGUACGUUGUGAGACAACUAACUACUGUAUCGGGGAUGGUAUCCAACGACCAUGCGGCCGAUGUGAUCCACCAUCAGACUCAUGUAGUAGAUCCGCUUCUGAACAUUCAUUUGGACAUGCUUAUGAAUGUGUUUCUUGCCCCAUUGGAUGGUUGUGUAAAGAUGGUUAUGCCACUCCUUGUCCAACCUACCACCACGGUAGAUGUAAUGCAACGUAUUGUCCGGAAACCUGCACCCUAUGUGAGCCGGGUACCGCUUGCUUCAGUGGUGUCCAGUCCAUCUGCCCAAGAGGAUACUUCUCAAUAGGAUCCGACUCAGAGUUUUGUAAGCAAUGCAAGCCUGGUACAUACAAUAACGAUACAGCGCAAUCAUCCUGUCUGAACUGCCCUCCAGGCUACCAGAGCACUACAGCCAAGACGUCAUGUGCACCAUGUGAGGUUACUGAGUGGUCUGUUGGGGAUGGCACUCUCUGUAAAUCAUGCUCAAGUCAAGCGCAAUGUCCAUGCAUGUCUGAUUCCGGACCCUGUGCUGAUGGUGUGUUCUGUGUGAAUCAAGGCUCAGGGAGUUAUGUGUGUGGGGAAUGUCCUAAUGGUUUCUCCGGAGACGGACUAAACUGUGCUGAUAUUAAUGAGUGUGACACUCAUGAUCCGUGUUGGGGAACUUGCAUCAAUCUAGUACCAGGCUAUGAGUGUAGUGCUUGUCCAGCAGGUUAUGUAGGAGACACACCUCAUGGUAUUGGUGUUGAUCAUGCUCAGGCAAACCAACAAGUUUGUACUGAUAUUGAUGAGUGUUCUAUGAAUAAUGGCGGAUGUGACCCCGUUGCUGAAUGCAUUAAUACUGACGGAAGUUACAGUUGUGGUUUCUGCCCUCCUGGUUACCUUGGCAACGGUGUAAUCGGAUGUACACCUGGUGACUAUUGCAUUCUGGGUAAAAACAACUGUCAUGAAAACGCAACGUGUAUAUCAACUGGAGCUGGUACAUUUGUCUGUGAGUGCAACAGUGGUUGGGCAGGUAACGGCGUGUAUUGUGACGUAGACAUUGAUCUUGAUGGCCGUCCAGAGUUCACGCUCCUAUGCAGUGCAUUAUCAUGUAAAGCUGACAAUUGCCCACAACUUCCCAACAGUGGUCAAGAGGACACUGAUAGCGAUGGCAUUGGUGACUUAUGUGACAAUGAUGAUGAUAAUGACAGCAUAUUUGACAGUCAGGAUAACUGCCAGUAUGUAGCCAACUAUGCCCAAGUAGACUCUGAUACUGAUGGAGUUGGUGAUGCGUGUGAUAACUGUCCCUCAAACAGCAACCCAGAUCAAGCGGAUACUGAUGGAGAUGGACAGGGGGAUGAAUGUGACACUGACAGUGACAAUGAUGGUAUUGUUGAUGGAUCUGAUAAUUGUCCCCUCAUCCCCAAUGUGGCACAAGAUGACAGCGAUAGUGACAAUGUCGGUGACGUUUGUGACAAUUGUCCCGAUGACUAUAAUCCAACACAGACUGAUACAGAUGAGAAUCGAUAUGGAGAUAUUUGUGAUGUCAUUGGAGGAACUGACAAAGACAUAGAUGGUGACGGCAUUUUAGACAUCUUUGAUAACUGUGAGAGUAAUCCUAACUCAGAUCAAUCAGACAAUGACAUGGAUGGUAUUGGUGACCUUUGUGACAAUGACAAAGAUGGCGAUGGCAUUACAGAGGACAAUGACAAUUGUCCAUAUGUCUCAAACAGUGGACAGGAAGACACUAAUGGAAACAAUAUUGGAGAUGUUUGUGAGACUGACUAUGACGGAGAUGGAACUAUAGAUAAUGAUGACAUCUGCCCAAACAGUAACUUAUAUCAAGUGACUGAUUUUGCGACAGAUUUCCUUUCUGUUGAGCUGUAUCCAACGUUAACAGACGCUACAAGUCCUAUUUGGAUUGUUACAGAUACUGGCAAGGAAAUUCGUGACAUCAGCGAUACCAUCAUGCCUUGCAUGCUUCUUACCCAUGUUGCCAUGGCAUCAGUAGACUACACUGGUACCAUGUAUGUCAACAGCAAUGAUGGCAGUGAAUAUAUGGGCUUUGUUUUUGGUUACCAGUCGAAUCGGAAGUUUUACGUUGUAAUGUGGCGGCACAGUAAUGCUAAUAAUCCUCAUGACAAGGCUGGUAUCAGAGGUAUUCAAAUUAAGAGAGUGAACUCCAACACAGGACCAGGUCUGACUUUAGCCAAUGCUUUGUAUCAUUCCUACACAACAGCGGAUCAGGUGGAGUUAUUAUGGCACGAUCCGUAUCUACAAGGAUGGCAACAUCAGAUUGCAUAUAAAUGGUUCCUUACUCAUCGACCCGACAUUGGACUAAUAAGAGUGGUAAUCAAAGAAGGUGAAGACACUUUGGUUGAUUCAGGUGACUUGUAUGAUACUACCUACCUAGGUGGACGGCUUGGGGUCUUUGUCUAUAAUCAACAAGACGUCAUAUGGUCCAGACUCAGCUAUAAAUGUGCUGAUAGAGUGAAUCAGGCCCUAGAGCUAGAUGGAGUUGAUGAUUACGUCAUCCUACCCAUGAUAGAUACGCUCCAAUUAACACUAAGCUUCACGUUGGAAGCAUGGGUGUAUCUACCAUCAGGUUACCCAUCUACCAGCAUGCCUGUAUUAUGUACAUUGGAUACUACACUGUGUAUGUACAUAGAGAAUGGGAAUCUUAUUGCUAAAGUAGGAAGUCAAGUUGCUGUAAGUUCAUCCACUGUAACUAACUCUACUUGGAAACAUCUCGCUGUAAGAUUUGAUGCACAAAACGCUGAGCUGAGUGUGUUUAUCGAUGGUGUGCUGGAAACUACAGAGAUAAGUGUAGCAACUCAUAGUUGGGUAAAUGGUACUCAGUUGUUUCUUGGACGAGAUGAGAACAAUUUCCUCACAGGCAUUUUGGAUGAGGUUCGUAUUUGGGGACUGACUCUGACUGACACUGAAGUUCAAGAGCAUAUGCAACUUGCUAGUCUGGCUCGACAGAAACAUAAAGACCUACUUGACGCUCGCUACAGUAUGGACAAUGAAGAACAAGGUGCCAGUAUGCUACUUGAUCAAGGUUCAUAUUCCCACCAUGGUCUUAUCAUGGGAGGAGCUUUCUUUACCCCAAGCUCUCUAGACCAAGCUCGCUUCCAGGUUACCUACCCAGAUAACAGACGUAGACGGCGCAGGAGACGUAGUAUAGAUGAUCUACACUUUGAAGAAAGCCAUGGAGAACUCUAGACUUAAAACUGGGUCUAUCAUGGGGGGGAGCUUUCUUCACCCAAAGCUCUCUAGACAUAGCUCCCUUCCAGGUUACCUACCCAGA